AUGCAAACCGAUGCUAUUAGAACCACAAUGAUCAAAUAUUUUGUGCUUUUGGGAAUGCUCUGCUUGUGCAACACCUACCUUCUUGAACGUCAUAAAAGAUCCUGGAUUAUAGACUCGUUUGACAUUGUGGAGGAACACCCGGGACCCUUUCCGUAUGACCUGGGCCAGAUUACACUGGAUCGAAAUUAUUUGGUGGAGUUCGUGCUAAAAGGCAGAGGGGUGGAUGUAGACCCAAAGGGUGUCCUUUCUAUAAAUCCCACCACUGGAGUCAUUAAAGUGCAUCGUAAAGUCGACUUUGAGGAGUACAAAGUUCUGAUGCUAACCUUUCAAGCAAGAAACAAGUCCAACUCCGCUAUAGACACACAGCUAGGCAUGGAGGUCAACAUACUGGACAUAAACGACAACCCUCCCGUCUUUCAAAGGAAAGUUUAUGAUAUCAGUAUAACAGAAGCAACCAAACAAGGUUCUUUUCUUGUUGGUGUUUUAGCUAUAGACAAUGAUGCACAAGGAACUCUUAAUUCAACCAUAGAUUACAAAAUCAUUUCUGUGACUCCAAGAACUAAAAAUGCAGAAUUCUACCUCCAAAACAGCGGUACAAUAUCUUUUAAAGGAUGUUUGGAUUAUGAGGUGGCUAACAAAUACACCAUUACUGUUGAAGCAAAGGACCGUGGAGAGGUUGUGAAGUUGUCAAGCACAGCCACAGUCAUUCUCAACAUUAUAGAUGGCAAUAAUCAUCCACCAGUUAUAACAGGACAAACAGGUUCAGGUAAAGCGUUGGAGGAGACAACAGGUAUCUCCCCUCUCGUCAUACACACACGUGAUGGUGACACACGCAACACUGCUGCGUGGAGGGCCACUUACUCCAUACAGGGAGAUAAAGGUGAUCACUUCUCCAUCCACACUGAUCCGGAAACGAAUGAUGGCAUCCUCACAGUUGUUAAGCCAUUAGACUUUGAAAAACAAGCACAACAAAGCAUCACCGUUUCUGUUGAGAAUGAAGAGCCCCUUUACUCGUGUGAAGUGAAAGAAAUGUCUACAAGUGGGUUAUGGACUAUCAUCAGUCAUUCCUCAAAAAAAUCUACUCAAAGCAUUAACAUAACUGUUGAAGACGUCAAUGAGCCUCCGUAUUUCUCUGAGCCCGUGAGGAAGUUAGUGAUUGAGGAGAAUGGUGCUGUUGGAGCAUUUGUGGACAAAGUCACAGCGUUUGAUCCUGAUACUCACCGUCUAAACAAACUUGAGUAUGCUAUUAAACAAGACCCCGCAGGCUGGGUGACAAUAAAUCCAACAACAGGGGAGCUCUUUGUAAAAGAGCCUUUUGACAGAGAGUCCAGUCACGUGACCAACGGCACUUAUACAGUCACUGUGAUUGUUAUUGACAAAGAAAAUCCUAAAAUGACAAGCACUGCUACGCUUCAAAUUUACGUCGAAGACAAGAAUGACAACGUCCCUUUGUUAAAGGACAGUGAGGUGUCUGUCUGUCAAUCUGAGGAGAUCUCAAGCACAGAGAUCACAGCGUAUGACCUUGAUGGAGACCCAUACAGUGGCCCAUUCAGCUUUGAACUAAUAGGAGAUGUUAAGAAAGAAUGGAGCUUCGACCCGAGCCACGGAAACACGGUGCAUUUAGUGAAACACAAAAGCAUCUAUCCUGGUCAGUACACACUGAUGGUGAAAAUCUCUGAUAAACAGGGCCUCUAUAUUCUUCAGAAUCUCUCUGUGGCGGCGUGCGAUUGUUCGGUCUCACCAAGCUGUCUGGUGCAACGCAACGUGCAGAAAAAAGCGGGAAUUGGUGUUUAUGGAACAGCCAUCUUUGCCUCACUGCUGGUUUUCGCGCUUCUGCUACUCGCCCUCACUUGUUCUUGUGGGGCUGUGAAGGCUUUAGCACCGGUGGAAGGUUUCUCAGAAGAUGCCCUUCUGUCCUACAACAUCGAGAAACUUGGCACAGAUUGUAUGGUCCCGACUGCACAUUUUCUUGCCAGUAACGGUGGUCAGAACAAGGGUGACGUUCAUCAGGUAUCAAACCAGAAUUUUAGCCCUCAUGGUCCACCGGUUCAAUCGAAUGGAUUCUGGUCCAUUGAACAGUACAAUUCCCAUGAGGAGACAAGGCUUAGCAGAAAAACUUCACAAAGAAAUCAGAACAUGUAUUCCAUCAGCCAAUCGGCUUUACAGAGUCUACUCUUACUGAGACUACACUCACUACGGUCACUAGAAAAUGAGUUACUUGAUUAUGAGCCUCAUCUUUACGCCGUUGAAGACAUCUCUGUGAACUUUGAAGACCUGGAUCCCAUAGAAUUGCCUAAUAAUGAGUUUAAUCCUGAGCUACUCUCUGACCUUGGACCAGCAUUUAGAAAUUUGGCGUCAAUUGUUACCUGGACAAAGGCGGAACAAUAG